AUGUAUCUGCCUAUUUUAGGACUGCAGAAUGCCAUAGUCUUAACACAGAGGUUCACUUUCAAUCCCAAACAAGGGAUUGACAAUCCAGCUCUGGUCAUUGUUGAUGAUGCAGAGUCCGACCGGCAGUUCGUACCACGCAUUUGCCUGUUGACUCGGACACAGGAGGAGAGCUUUGGGUUCUACCUGCAGAUGGAAAAGGGCCAGCGGGGUCACCUGAUCCAGCAGGUGGAGCCCUGGAGCGUGGCGGAACACAGCGGCCUGCGGGGCGGGGACCGGCUGCUGGAGGUGAACUUGGAGUUUGUGGACGACGCUGAGCACCACAAGGUGGUGCAGAGGAUCGAGGCCUGCGGGCUGCAGCUGUGUUUCCUGGUGCUGGGAGGUGAGGAGUACGAGGAGGCGGUGAAGGCAGGGGUUGACCUGCAGAGCAUGGCCAGGUCCCAUCGUGGGGAGAACUGCUCCCGCCCACAGCUCUGCCACAUCCGCAGGGACCCCAGCGCUAGCUACGGGUUUAGCAUUAUCCCUGUCCCAGGGGAGAAGGGGAAGUACUCUGUAUCCACACUGAGUGACACUCCAGCAGAAUUGGCGGGACUUCGCAGUGGACAAAGAUUGGUGUGGAUCGAUGGUGCCAUGGUGUCAGGACUCACAUAUUCAGCAGUUGUCAAGAUGGUAAAGAAAAGUGCAGAUCAUGUGACUGUCCUGGUGGUGGACAGAGAGAGUGAAGGGAGCUACACCCGGCGUCGACUGCCUGUCUUACCCACCAUGGCAGGAGCCCACAAUCUGCCCCUCCCAAACCUACUGCCCCUGGUCCGUGGGCCAGACGGCUACGGCUUCUUAUUGCGGCAAGAAAUAAUGCCCUCAGGCACCACUGCCCACCUGCUGCGUGAGGUGGAAUCUGGCAGUCCAGCCGAGCAUGCAGGUAUGCAGGAUGGGGAUCUGCUGUUGGCAGUGAAUGGACAAGCGGUGGAAAAGCUGGAGCAUGAGGAAAUUGUGCGCAGAGUCCGAUGCAGUGGCCAACAGGUCACCCUCACCACCAUGCAUGCUUAUGGGAGAGACCUCUACAGACAGUUGGGUCUAUCUCCUCUGCUUUUCUGUGAAGAUAAACUCCCAGAAGCGGCCCAAGAGACAACAGGGCACGCCCUCGCAGCUCCAUCUCCUGAACUCCCAGAGGAAAUGCGAGCAGCCCCGCCCUGUCCCCGGCUUUGUGCCCUUGUGAAAGGACCCGCUGGCUUCGGUUUCCGUGUAAGCAGCGUUCAGCACUGCGGUGGGACCUUCAUCGCCCAGGUGGAGAUAGGGGGCGCAGGAGAGAAGGCUGGGUUGUGGGAGGGGGAUGUGGUCAUUGAGGUGAAUGGCCAAAAUGUGGAGGAUAAGGAUUUAGAAGAUGUGGCGACUCUAAUGAAGAAGGGGGGAUGUUAUCUAACGUUGCUUGUUGUUGAGAGAAGUGGUUACCAGAGACUAAAACACAAUGGGAUACCAAUUACCCCAUAACUUGUUCUCCAAAUCACCUCAGUCUCUACCUCUAGUGUGGUCUAG